AUGGCCUGCACGAAUCCUGAAACUUGCAGCAUCGCAAAUGAAAAUUCACCUUAUCAUGAAAUGCCUACUUCUGCAAGCAUAAUGGAAAACCUGAAUUUAAUCACCACUCUAGCAGAUAAUAUAGUCAGAACAAUAUCGGCUGGCAGAAGUGUGACAUCCGACAGCAAAAAAGCGAUUAUUGAAAUGGCGCAUGACAUUAACAGAAUCAUAAGAGAAACACAAAUAAAAACUGAAUAUACGGCAAGUAUUAUAGAGGUUAAAGAGUCGCUCCAAAAUACUAUUAAGGAAGAGAUUUCUAAACUAUCGAUACCCCCUCAAACCAAAUCCUAUGCGAGUGUUGCUUCUACUCCUCGUUUUAAAACGAGCAACCCAGCACCCACACCUGCUACAAAACCAGCUAUUAUUGUGACUCCCACUAAUAAAGUCAAUUCGCGCCAAGAAGUCAUCGAAUCAUGGCGUAAGAGUAUCUGUUUUAAGAGUUGUAAUUAUGCACCUUCCAGACUACAAGUAAUAUCAAAUAAUAAGCUCCGAGUAGAGUUUGAUACGUGUACCCAGAGGGAUGACGCCUUAGAACGUUUGAAAUCCGCUACCACAGUUAACGCUGAAGCCGCGCGCAAAAUGAACCCUAUGGUCAUCUUAAAAGGAAUCUCUAAUGAUGUCCCAUCAGAAGAAUUAGUCAGUAUCAUCACAGGGCAAAACGACGAAUUACGAGAUCUCAUAAAUAAUAAUGAUGACAUGUUUUGCUUACGUUUUAAGAGGAAAAAUAAAAAUCCAAAAUUAUACAACGCAGUUUUCUUAUGUAAUCCUUUGAUAUGGCGUAAAAUAAUGGAUUCGGGGAGAAUAAAUGUUGAUCAUCAACGCAUCCAUGCAGAAAAUUUUUCUCCAUUCCUUCAGUGCUUCAGCUGUCUUCAGUUUGGACACGUUCAAGGCAAGUGUACCAAUAAUAUCCAUCCCUGCUCCCACUGUGCAGCAGGAAAUCACACAUACAUAGAUUGUCCUAAUAAGGCGAAUAAAUCUGCUACUACCUGCUACAACUGCCAAAUGCACAAUAAUAAGUUCAACACCAAAUUUGACACACAACAUGCAGCAACUUCCUUUUCUUGUCCUAGAGUCAAAGCCAUGAAAGAGCGUAUAUGCCAACGAAUCGACUAUGGAUCAUAA